AUGGGAAACACAAAUAUCUACGCUAUCAACUCGUCACCCUUCGUCAAGAUCAAUGAAGGUUUCUAUUACUUUGGGCAGGAAAAGGUAAAUUGGUUUAGAGCCUACGAGUCCUGUCGCAAGUUAGGUUCCGAACUGGUGACCUUCGAAACCCCCGAGGAGUUUGAGGCCGUUUCUGGGUACUUGAAAGACAGGGGAGAACGCUCGGAUCACUGGACAUCCGGAAACGAUCUGGGACACCAUGGGACUCACAAUUGGUUUACCAAUGCUCAACCCGUUAGCAUAAAUCGUUGGGCCCCCAAGCAACCCAACAAUUCAGGCGGAAACCAACGUUGCAUACACAUGGGUUACAUAUACGACUACUCUACGGACUUUCAGCUAAAUGAUCGUCGCUGCAGAGAUCAUAAGAAUAGUUCAAUGAAAUACGUGUGCGAGAUUAUGAUGCGUGCACCUCCGUCAUUUGUUGUAGGAAAGUAG